CAUAAACAUAAAUCACAUAUCGUCAAGAUUAGACGGUUUCGUGGUCACUGCAACGUGUAUUAUAUCUUAAAUUAAAACAUAAAUUACCAUUAUCGAUAAAUACAGAACACAGUUACAACGAAAAAGUGAUUUAUGUUACUCGUAAUUUUACAGUUUAAAUGUGCGCAAUAUCUUUGUCUAAAAUUAGACAAGGAUAUUCACCAACUGUUUUUUGCGACACAAAUAUUUUUCUCAUGGACAAUGUAAAUUUGUGGUGGACCUUUGUGGAAGUUAUACGAGUUUCUUACGCGUUUCUGUGUUAGCGACUUUCUUUUUGACGUUCCACUUACAGCGUAGUAUUUUGUGCAUUAAUGAUCAAGUUAAUUUAGUAAAUAAUAAUAGUAAUAGUACUGAUACGCAGGAUAUUUUUAUACGAAUAUACGUAGAUAUAGAUAUGAUAAAAGAAAAAGCAUGAAUACGCGAACGAAUUCGUUGGUGGGGAUCAGCUGACUUAUCAAUCCCUCUCCUUUGAUAUUUUUCAUGUCAGCUUAAAUACAUACAUCGUUAUAUACAGCGUCCACUCGGUAACGCAUUCGAAGUACAUACGCAUUGACAAAUUUACUGCCGAUAAUAGGAAAGAUUGAAAGUAGAGUUAUAGACAUCUGCAAACAGAUAACGGACUACAGAUAUCUAUAGUCGUUACUGCUCGGCGAUUUCACUGUAAGUUGCUUCGGUGGUCAGCAUCUUUUACGGUAUUGACGAUUCUGUGACUCGUUAAUUGCAGUAUCAAUUAGAAUUAGAGUAACGAAAUGGCAACUACGAUUCUGACUAAAGAUGUGACCGAUAUCGAGAAUCUGUUAAGUCUCAAUCCAAAGAUAAAGCCAUUCGCGAAUGUUGUUCCUUCGGUGCAUACCAAAGAAAAUAAGAAGAAAUGGAAGCGAAACAUCAACGAAAAAUGCGGCAAAUGUCCGUCUUUAACGAAGAACUUCGACGAUAUUAAACACACAACGUUGAGCGAGCGCGGGGCGUUGAAAGAAGCGGCUCGUUGUCUAAAAUGUACGGAUGCUCCUUGUCAAAAAUCGUGUCCAACUCAAUUGGACAUCAAGUCCUUCAUUACUUCAAUCUCGAACAAAAAUUACUACGGAGCGGCGAAAGCAAUUCUGUCGGAUAAUCCUCUUGGUUUGACUUGUGGCAUGGUGUGUCCAACCAGCGAUCUUUGCGUAGGUGGAUGCAACUUGCACGCGUCCGAAGAAGGACCUAUCAACAUUGGAGGUCUUCAGCAGUUUGCCACCGAUAUUUUCAAGCAAAUGAACAUACCACAAACUAGGAUUCCUGGACAAAGUGUUCCACAUGCAGAUACCAAGAUUGCUUUGAUCGGUUGUGGUCCAGCUUCUUUGUCUUGCGCAACGUUCCUCGCGCGUUUGGGUUACGAUGAUAUCACGAUUUUCGAGAAACAGAAUCAUAUAGGUGGUUUGAGCUCGUCGGAAAUUCCGCAGUACCGGCUACCGUACGAUGUUGUAAAUUUCGAGGUGGAACUUAUGAAGGAUUUGGGAGUGAAAAUUGAAACCGGUCGAGCGUUAUCCAAGAACGACUUGACGAUACAGGGUCUACAAGAGUCCGGGUACAAAGCGAUCUUUUUAGGGAUUGGUCUUCCGGAAGCAAAAACUAUUCCAAUUUUCUCGGAUCUCACCGAGGAAAUGGGUUUCUUCACGUCGAAGAGUUUCCUACCGAAAGUAACCAAAGCUAGCAAGCCAGGAAUGUGCGCUUGCAAAAGCAACGAGUUACCGUCUCUCGAAGGAAACGUCGUUGUUCUCGGUGCCGGAGACACAGCUUUCGACUGUGCUACUUCGGCUCUGAGAUGCGGCGCGAAGAAAGUUUAUAUCGUUUUCAGGAAAGGAUUCACUAACAUUCGAGCAGUUCCCGAAGAAUUCGAUUUAGCGAGAGAAGAGAAGUGCGAGUUCAUCCCCUUUCAAUCACCGAAACAAGUGAUCACUCGAAAUGGAAAAAUAGUUGCGAUCGAAUUUUACCGGACAGAGAAAAACGAGAACGGUGACUGGAUAGAGGAUUCAGAACAAGUUUGCAAAUUAAAAACUGACUUUGUUAUAUCUGCGUUUGGAUCGGGACUGCAAGAUCUUAGUGUGAUGGAAGCUAUGACUCCUGUAAAACUGAACAGAUGGAAUCUACCGGAAGUGGACUUCGAGACCUUGAGUACUACUGUGCCUGGGGUAUUUUGCGGUGGAGACCUUGCGGGUGUUGCAAACACUACGGUUGAAGCUGUAAACGACGGAAAGACAGCAGCUUGGUAUAUUCACAAAUUUAUUCAGAAUUCUUAUAAUUUACAAAUGCCAGAAGUUCCUCAGUUGCCUAAAUUUCACACUCCGAUCGACGAUGUUGAUUUAUCUGUGGAAGUUUGCAACCUAAAGUUUGAAAAUCCUUUUGGUCUUGCCUCUGCACCACCGUGCACCACUAGCGCUAUGAUUAGAAGAGCUUUCGAAGCAGGCUGGGGCUUUGCAGUUACCAAAACAUUUUCUCUAGACAAAGAUCUUGUCACUAAUGUAUCUCCAAGAAUCAUUAAAGGCACGACCUCACGGCACCAUUAUGGUCCAGAACAAAGUAGUUUUUUGAAUAUAGAAUUGAUAUCUGAAAAAACAGAAGCAUAUUGGUGUAAUAGCGUUACAGAGUUGAAGAGAGACUUUCCGACAAAGAUUGUCAUUGCCAGUAUUAUGUGCACGUACAAUAAAGCAGACUGGACAGAACUUGCGCAAAAAGCGGAAGCUGCCGGUGCUGAUGCCUUGGAAUUGAAUUUGUCUUGCCCUCAUGGAAUGGGAGAGUCUGGAAUGGGGCUGGCUUGUGGACAAGACCCUGAAAUAGUGAGGAAUAUUUCAAGAUGGAUCAGAGCAGCUGUAAAGAUACCAUUUUUUGUGAAAUUAACACCUAAUAUUACCGACAUAGUUUCGAUAGCUAAGGCAGCUUAUGAAGGCCAUGCUGAUGGAGUAUCUGCCAUAAAUACGGUGCAAGGAUUAAUGGGAUUGCACGCUGAUGCAACACCGUGGCCAGCUGUUGGUUUUAAGAAGGCUACAACUUAUGGGGGUAUGUCAGGAAAUGCGACAAGACCACAGGCUCUGCGAGCAAUUUCUUCCAUUUCGAAGGCGCUCCCCGGUUUUCCGAUACUUGGAAUCGGUGGCGUUGAUUCGGCGGACGUUGCUCUUCAAUUUUUACACAGCGGUGCAUCGGUGGUUCAGGUCUGCAGUGCAAUACAAAAUCAAGAUUUUACUUUGAUCGAUGAUUACGUAACUGGUUUAAAAACUCUACUAUAUCUGAAGAGUCUAAAACACCUUGAACAUUGGGAUGGACAAAGUCCACCAACGUUUAAGCACCAGAAAGGGAAGCCAGUUACUUUUCAACAUGCACUUGGUAAAAAUAUACCGUAUUUUGGAGAAUAUCAAAAACUUCGAGAACAAAAGAUAGCCGAGAUUAAGGCGAAAUCAAAUCCCCUCGAUAACGUUGUCCAGAUAAUAAGACCUGCUCCAAAACCGGAUGCACCUAUACCAACAAUAAAAGACGUUAUAGGCAAAGCUUUAACUUAUAUUGGAGCCUACAAAAAUUUGAACAACAAGGAACAAGUUGUAGCUUUGAUCGAUGAUGACAUGUGUAUAAAUUGUGGAAAAUGUUAUAUGACUUGUGCUGACUCUGGUUAUCAAGCGAUUAAGUUUGAUUCUGAAACCCACAUUCCAACGGUAACCGACGAUUGCACAGGUUGCACGCUUUGUCUUUCAGUGUGCCCUAUCAUAGAUUGCAUAACUAUGGUACCUAAAACGAUACCCCACGUUAUUAAAAGAGGAAUACCGCCAAAAGGAACAUUUGAACUAUCUGGAUUAUCAGAAGUAUAUUAAAACCGAAGUUAAUAGAUACUGUUCUUUAUUCCACCUAGAGAGUUUACAUAUAUUUUGUACUAAAUAAAAAUAUUACUAAAACACGA